AUGGCGGUGAGUUUUACGGCGGUGGUGGCGAGAUCGAGUGUUCAAGAGGUUCUUUUGAUUCCCCUGAAGGCCCCAAAGAUGCACAUGGGGGCACCAGCAGUCUUUUUUUUUGAAGAGGAGAUUUCACAAUCAGAAAAUUUUCUGCAAUUUGCAUUGGUCUCGAAGUGCACACAGGGCAGGCCCCCGUUGUUUGAAGUUAAAAGGACGUUGCAGGCAGACUUCCAUCUUGCUGUAGAUGUACUUGUAUCCUCUCUGGAUUCAAGGCAUCUGCUCCUUCUUUUCAUGCUGCAAUCAGACUUCAUUCGAUUGUGGCUUAAGGAGCAGACCUACAUUAAAGGAUAUCCAUUCAGGUUCUUCAAGUGGACACGUGAGUUCAAGGUAGGUUUUGAGGCGUUUGUUGUGCCGAUUUGGGUGUCGUUCCCAAAUCUCCCCGUGAAUCUUUAUCAAGGGAACUUCUUCAAAUUGGUGGCUGGUGCGGUGGGCAAGGUUCUUAAGGUGGACGGUGCAACCACGGUGGUAUCGCGCACGAUAGCUGCCAGAGCCUGCGUCGAGAUUGAUUUGAAGUCGUGUUUAUCGGAGAAGGUGUGGAUAGGCUAUGGUGCCUCGGGUUUCUUUCAACAGGUAGUGUAUGAAAGGCUUCCUGCCUAUUGUACUGGUUAUUCAAAAUUGGGAUACUGCGUGGAGCAAUGUAGGAGGCGUUCCACAGGUAUUCAGAAAGAGGGGGUGCAAGGUGUUAACCUUUUGCAGCCGGGUGCUGGCAAGUUGGUUGAGGGUGUAGCCGAGACAUGCGACGCUCCAGCAGUAGUGGAUGGUGUAUAA